CCGACAUGGUUUCCGCCGGGCUGCAGAUGCUGGGUGCGGCGCUGGCCGUCCUGGGCUGGAUCGGCGCCAUCGUGGUGUGCGCUCUGCCCAUGUGGAAGGUGAGCGCCUUCAUCGGCAGCAACAUCAUCACGUCGCAGACCACCUGGGAGGGCAUCUGGAUGAACUGCGUGGUGCAGAGCACGGGCCAGAUGCAGUGCAAGGUGUACGACUCCAUGCUGGCGCUGAGCUCGGACCUGCAGGCGGCGAGGGCCCUGACCAUCGUGUCCAUCGUGGUGGGCGUGGUGGCCAUCCUGCUGGCGGUGGCCGGAGGCAAGUGCACCAACUGUAUAGAGGACCAGUCCUCCAAGGCCAAGGUGGGCAUUGCGGCCGGCGUCAUGUUCCUGGUGGCGGGGGUGCUGGUGCUGGUGCCCGUGUGCUGGACGGCCAACACCAUCAUCCAGAACUUCUACAACCCCACCCUGGUGGGGGCCCAGAAGAGGGAGCUUGGUGCCUCGCUUUACAUCGGAUGGGGGGCGGCAGGACUCAUGCUGAUCGGAGGAGCGCUGCUCUGCGCCAACUGUCCCAAGGACGACAGCCCGUACGAGGCCAGAUACAAGGCAGCCAGCUCUGAGGCGCCGUCGGUGAAACCCAGUAGGGACUAUGUCUGAAGGGGUGGCGGGAGAGAGGAGGAAGGCAUAUGAUGAAGAUGAAGACUGUUUCUGAGAGGGGGGCCAGCAUUUUAAAGACUUUGUCUGAGAGGGGCUAAGCAUCUUAAAGACUGUCUGACCAGGGGCCAGCAUAUUAAAGUGGGUUUUUUUACACGGUUAAGGGUGCUGUUUAAAUGUUAAAGCAGUUGUAUGGAGGCUGAAUGCAGGGCUUGGUGUUCAGACCAAACCACACCCAACAAGUGCAUUUUGUCUGUCAAACAAGUUUGUUUGGACUAUGACUGUUUUUUUCUUUUCUGAAACACUGCAUCAGAAUAAAUAUUUUGUUUACAAAUAUAAUCCUCUUGUAUUGUGUUUAUGAUUAAGUCAUUUAUUUUUUAAAUGUUUUUUCGCUGUAACGCCCUAAAGAUUGGUUUACAUUUGUAUGAUGUAGACUUUCUUGUUGAAUUGUUUUUGAUUUAAUCACAAAUCACAGCAUGAUGUUGUUUUGCUAUGAUCACAUUAAAUAAUUCUGCUAUUUACACAUGGAGGAAGCCACCAUUUUGAAUGAAGCCUCAGUAUGCCUUCACGCAAGCAUCCAUUUUCUUUUCUUUCAUUUUUCUGUGGAUCAGUUCUAGGCGUGGCAAAACAAAGACUAAGUGGCUAGUUGAAAACCAGUCUUUGUUCAAACAUUACAUUGAACAAACUUUGAAAAUGUUUUCUUUUCAUUUAUUAAUUUGGGUUAAAUUACAGUAAGGUAUUAUGAUUGUUGUUUUUGGUUGCUGUUCUAUUAAUACAAAUGUUAUUCACUUUUAACUAAAUAAAACAACAACACAUUUCUUCUGAAAAUGUGAUUGAUCUACAA